GUUUUCGACUCAUUGUUGUGCCGUACUGUCAGUACUCCGUGCUCUUUUUGUGUUCUGCGAUUAGCUUUGAAUAUUAUCUGCUGGUGCAGCAUCUCAGCUGUGUAUUCGAGUAGAAUUUAUUGCGGAGUGUUGACAAGCAACAAAGUGUUACUUAAUGUUAAGGGUUUCCAAAAUAUUUUGAGCCUUAAGUCGGUGUGCCGUUGUUUGUAAUCUAAAAUUUGUAAAUGUUAUUGUGGAAAAAAAACUAUACAGUUAUAUCACAUAGUUUCCGUUAACUACUAGCAUGUCAGAUGCAGAUGGUAUUCUAAGCAGGGACAACAGCGAAAAUCAAAAACUCUUUUCGGUACUUAAGUCCUGUGCGAACCUCGCGUUUUACGACGAUUACUGCGAAGACUUCGGUCUAUCGGAUUAUAAUUUUUGUGUUAUGCAAAAAAUUAUAUCUGUUAGUGGAAACAUUUCUACAAGUAGCUUCGCCAGUGAUGACUCCAUUGGAGAUAAUAUUCUGGAGGAAAAUGGAAGAAUAUCAUUGGCUUAUGAAAAUUUGCGUACAAUACCCGGACGAAUCGCUGAAAAGUUUACCACCCAUACUAAAUGCUUAGAUCUUAGUUACAACCGUUUCGAAAAUUUAUCGUUUUUAUCAUUCUUCGAUGAAUUGGAUACGUUAAUAUUAGAUAGAAACUGCACUUUGGAUGUGAAUACACUGCCGUUUUUAGAAAAUAUCAAAAUUUUGUGGAUUAAUAACUGCAAUAUUUCAAAUAUGGUUGAAUGGAUCCAUCGCAUACAAACACAUUGUCCCUCAUUGGAACAUCUUUCAUUGAUGGGUAAUCCCGGUGUAAAUAACGAGUUUGUUUAUUCCAUGUCAUCAACACAAAAAGCGACCUGUCAGGAGAUGCCGUUGCCACCCGCUGAUAUAAUUAACUACCGUGAAUGCAUAUUCAAUUCCCUGCCACAGCUAAAAACCCUCGACGGAGUUGCGCGAGAUAACAAGCUAUUAAAACAUCAGCAAGUUAAUUUCACAUACAGUAGCACCGGAAACAGCCCAGUAUCUUCCUCUUCGAGUAACAAAUUAGGCAAAGACGAAAGAAACCAACAAAUUCAUCCAACGCCUAGUUUUGGGGAUCUUUUUCAAAUCAACAAAAAAAGAAAAAAAGUAUAUCAGAUGUCUUCUACACAUUAGCUACAUAAGUAUCUGCAUUAUACAAUGUUUAUGAUAGUUUUCUAUGUAUGCAAAGACUUAUUUCAAAGUGCGGUACUUAUUCAAAAAACGUAUCAUUUUUUAUUAAUAUUUAACUGCUUCGAGUUACGAAAUACUUAUAAUUUGUGAUACAUUGUAUUAAAAAUAAAAAUUUAGUUAAAGGCAUCAGAAAAUGAA